CAGCAGAAUGAUUGGAAUGUAGUGACUUGUGUCACUGUUGCUGACGAUGUAGAAAUGAUUCAAAAAGCCAUAUGUGUCAUGACGGAUAGUGUUGAUCAAGAUCAGUCUAACCUUGAUCUCAGUCAUGGUCAUCAUGCUACAGUAGAUUUGGUGUUGACUGCAGGAGGAACUGGAUUCGGUGUGCGGGAUGUCACUCCAGAGGCUGUUAGGGGAAUAUUACUAAAAGAAGCAUCAGGACUUGCUACUGCCAUGUUGGUGUCUUCAUUGGCCAUCACUAACAUGGCUGCUCUCUCUCGUCCCAUCUGUGGAAUCCGGAAUCGAUCCAUCAUCAUCACUCUUCCUGGAAGUCCAAAAGGUGCAAUUGAAAAUUUAACUGCCAUCAUCAAAACUCUUCCACAUGCUAUCGAUCUGGCUAGAGGAGAACCAUCCGCUGGAGAAACUGUUCAUACCGCUAUGCAUGGCGGUCAUCAGAUUGCAACCCAUGACAUCAAUGAAUCAAAUCUUGCAGAAAAAGUCGACCCUAUACGUCAUGAUCAUUUCAAGCAUCACAAUUGCAGUCGAUUUGACCAUCUAACACCACAUGCUCAAACGUGUAGUAAGGAUCUCAAAUCCAACAUCAUCAACCAGCCUGUAACUCACCGUGCACGCAUAUCUCCAUUCGAAAUGAUUCCAUUUGAAACUGCACUUGAUUUGGUAUUGAACAAUGCAUCAUCUGCCGCUAAUAUGAACAAACAACUUGUUAUGACACGACCUGUCAAUACUGAUAGUAUUGGGUAUGUGCUUGCAGAAGACGUAAUGGCAAAUGAAAACGUGCCCAUGUAUCGUGCUUCGAUUGUCGAUGGGUAUGCUGUGAUGGCUGCAGAUGGACCAGGCGAGUAUCCUGUGAUUGGAAGUACAACGGCCAGUCAGACUACUUUAUCUGGUUCUGGAUUGACUCCAUUAAAGAGGGGUACAGUGUCUCGUAUCACCACAGGAGCAGAGAUUCCUCCCAAUGCUGAUGCAGUUGUCAUGGUAGAAUGCACUGAGCUGAUUUCCAUGACUGAAGACUCGAAAGAAGAAAAAAUAGUAAAACUACUCCAAGGUGUUCAGAUAGGUCAAGACAUUCGCGAAAUUGGAUCUGAUAUCAUCAAGGGGUCGUGUAUCUUGUCCAAAGGAUGUAGAAUCAUGUGUGGAGAACUAGGUGUUUUGACCUCGUGUGGUAUCCAACACAUCAAAGUAUAUCGUCGUCCAGUUGUCUCCAUCAUGUCCUCUGGAAAUGAGCUGAUUGAUGCUGAAGCUGAUGGUACUGAAAAGGCUGCUGGAUACGUUCGUGACUCCAACCGACCAACUCUUCAUGCACUGCUAAAGCACCAUGGGUUUGAUGUAGUGGAUUUGGGAAUCGCUUGUGAUACACACGAUGGAUUGGCUACGUGUUUAAGACAAGGAAUGGAUCAAUCUGACGUGAUUGUGAGCACUGGAGGUGUAUCCAUGGGAGAAAUGGAUCUGCUAAAACCAAUCCUAGAAAGAGAUUUGGGAGCUGAAGUGCUGUUUGGAAGAGUUGCACUCAAACCCGGUAAACCUACCACGUUUGCUGUUUUAGAUGUACCACAAAGUACACGCACUUGUUCAAGUCGUCGUUUGUUUUUUGCACUUCCUGGUAAUCCGGUAUCCACCAUGGUGACGUUUUACCUGUUUGUCCUUCCUGCUUUGCGUAAAAUGGCCGGCUAUGCAUCUCCCAAUCUUCCUCGAAUCAAAGUCAAGUUGGGACAUGAUAUCCAUCUCGACCCGCGACCAGAAUUUUUCCGUGCAAAAUUGGAACACUCGGAGGGUAUGUUUACAGCAUUUGGAACAGGAAUCCAGCGGAGCAGUCGUAUGCAAAGCAUGACUUGUGCCAAUGCACUACUGGUUCUUCCUGCUUUGAGUGACUUUAUUGCUGCAUCAGCUUCAAACACUGACGGAAACAUCAAAGCUGGAUCGGUAGUGGAAGCCAUCAUUAUUGGAGAUUUUGAAUAAACCAUUCAAU